CGGAGAAGGCGGGCGGCGGAGGGAGGAGGAGGAGGAGCAGCAGCGAGAGGACCGCACUAGCUCCACAACCAAGGAGCAAUGCCGCACCGCGGAGCAGGAUCCUGGUUCCAGUCCCAGAGCAAACCCAGCGGAGCGGCUCUUACCACCCUCUUGCUGACAGCUUUUUUCUUAUACCCUCCUGCUGGCGUAAAUGGAAUGAAGACAAAGUACAUCAUCAAAUAUAUUAGCAGUAGCAUUAAAGCUGCUGAGAAAAAUGUGUACACAAUUCUCUCUAAGGUGCAUUCUGAUCGAAAUGUUUAUCCUUCUGCUGGAGUUCUCUUUGUUCAUGUUUUGGAGAGAGAAUAUUUUAAGGGAGAGUUUCCUCCUUAUGCAAAGCUUGGUGAGAUAAACAAUGAUCCCAUAACAUUUAAUACGAAUCUAAUGGGUUACCCUGAUAGGCCUGGCUGGUUGCGUUACAUCCAAAGAACACCAUAUAGUGAUGGUGUACUCUACGGGUCACCAACUGUAGAAAACAUGGGCAAGCCAACUAUCAUUGAGAUCACUGCUUAUAACAGACGUACCUUUGAGACAGCAAGACAUAAUUUAAUUAUUAAUAUAAUGUCAGCAGAAGAUCUUCUUUUGCCAUAUCAAGCAGAAUUCUUCAUUAAAAACAUGAAUGUAGAGGAAAUGUUGGCCAGUGAGGUUCUUGGAGACUUUCUUGGAGCCGUAAAAAACGUAUGGCAGCCUGAGCGCCUGAAUGCCAUAAACAUCACAUCAGCUCUUGAUAGGGGAGGCAGAGUGCCCCUUCCUAUUAAUGACAUGAAAGAAGGUGUCUAUGUUAUGGUUGGUGCAGAUGUUACAUUCUCCUCCUGCUUACGGGAAGUAGAAAACCCACAAAAUCAGCUGAGAUGCAGUCAAGAAAUGGAACCUAUAAUAACUUGUGAUAAAAAGUUUCGUACUCAGUUUCACAUAGAUUGGUGUAAAAUUUCUUUGGUUGAUAAAACACAGCAAAUUUCUACCUAUCAAGAAGUGAUCCGUGGAGAAGGCAUAUUACCAGAUGGUGGCGAGUAUAAGCCACCUUCUGAGAACCUGAAAAGCAGAGAUUAUUAUUCAGACUUCCUCAUUACUUUGGCAGUUCCCUCUGCAGUUGCCCUGGUGCUUUUUCUAAUACUUGCUUAUAUUAUGUGCUGCCGGCGGGAAGGAGUGGAAAAGAGAAACAUGCAAACACCAGAUAUUCAGCUGGUCCAUCACAGUGCAAUUCAGAAAUCCACAAAAGAACUUCGAGAGAUGGCAAAAAACAGAGAGAUAGCAUGGCCACUCUCAACACUUCCUGUUUUUCACCCAGUCACUGGUGAGAUUGUACCACCUGUUCACCCAGACAAUUAUGACAAUACUAGCAUGCCACUGAUGCAAACACAACAGAACCUUCCUCAUCAGACUCAGAUUCCUCAGCAGCAAACAGAAGGAGAAUUUCGCAUGACAACAUUUCAAAGAUUGGAGGUAAAUGGUAUCCCUGAGGAAAGAAAAUUUACAGAAGCAAUUAAUUUGUAAUUAAAUCAAACACCAAUACAAGAUUUCAUUUCCUUAUUUGCUCUAUUGACACAUGAAUGUUUCUAAUGCAUGCCUAGAGAAUAUUCUGACGUCAAAUAUCAUUUCCAUAUUGUUAUAUGUACUGUAUCUUUUUAUACUUCAGAUAUUUUCAACAAAUUUGUAAAAUACUAAUUUUUAUAUCAGUUAAUUAAAACAUUUAUACGGCACUCACCUAUUCAUUAUUUCACUAGAUAUUGUUAAAGCAUUCUUCUUUUGUACGAUGUAAAUGUAAAUGUCCAGUAUUCAUGUUAAGAUUUUGUUAGUUUUGUUAGAAAACUAAAGGUGAAAACUAAAGGUGAAGUUAAAACAUGUUGCAUUUUAAUUUAAUGGAGUCAUUUUGCAGGAAAUUUGUAAUUCUUUUUCUGCCAUGCUUUGUAUAUGGAAAUUGUUAAAUCAGAAAGCUAAUACUAGAUGUUAAUUAAGAAUAUAUUCUAUUCUUAGCACUAAUAUUGAUUUCUUCUGUGUUAUUAUUCCAUACUGUAUUUUUAGAAUGAAAAUGGAUUUCUUUAGCAUUAUUUUUCAUUACUCCAGCUACAUCUAGUUUAAUGAAGUUUUUUAAAAUUGCAAUUUGCUAAAUAUUACUAAUUUCAAAUGACCUCUCCCCAAAUGAAAAUAUAUUACAUAUUCUUCUGAUUCAUAUUCUAAAUAAAUUGGAGAUUCUGAA